CUCAACAUCGGUGGGCUCUUUUCCAUGCACCAAAUUCCCAGGAAAAUAAGCAUCAAAUUUGACACCAAACCAAAGCAACUGAAGUGUUCACGAGGCCAUUUCAGAGAAUUCCGGUUUGCCCAGACCAUGAUCUUUGCCACUGAAGAAAUAAACAACAAAACCGACCUUCUCCCAGGUGUAUCUCUUGGAUACAAGAUAUAUGAUUCAUGUGUCUCUCCAAUAUUCUCUCUAAAAGCAGCCAUGGCUCUGAUGAACGGUUAUGAGGAAACGCUGUCUGACACAUCUUGCUUCACACCACAAGUAGUGCAGGCCAUUAUUGGGGCAUCCAUUUCGACAAAUGCCAUUGCAAUUGCAGCAACUGUUGGAUUAUUUCAGAUUCCAGUGAUCAGUCACUUUGCAACAUGUGCAUGUCUGAGCAACAGAAAAGAGUUCCCCUCAUUCUUCAGAACCAUUCCCAGUGACUAUUACCAGUGCAGAGCACUGGCUCAGAUGGUGAAGCACUUUGGCUGGACCUGGAUUGGAGCUGUGAGAAGUGAUAAUGACUAUGGCAACAACGGGAUGGCCACAUUUAUAGAAGCUGCUCAACAAGAAGGCAUCUGCAUUGAGUAUUCUGAAAAAUUUCACUUAGCAGAACCAGAGAAAUUACAGAAGGUUGUAGAUGUUAUCAGAAGAGGCACUGCAAAGGUAAUUGUAGCAUUCCUUGGUCGCGGUGAAAUGAGCAAGUUUUUGGAGCAGCUGACCUCUCAGAAUGUUACUGGUCUCCAAAUGGUUGGCAGUGAAGGAUGGAUAACAGCAAACAAUCUUGCCUCACCAACAAGUUUCAGGGUACUGGAAGGAUCUAUUGGCUUUGCUGUCACCAAAGGCAAAAUAAAUGGCUUCAAAGAAUUUAUAUUAAAACUUCACCCAUCCCAGUACCCAAAUAAUACUGUUGUAACAGACUUUUGGGAAGCUGCUUUUCAGUGUUAUCUCAGAAAUAGAGAUGACAAACCUCACAUUGCCCCAUGCACUGGAUCUGAGAACUUGAGUGAACUGGAAAAUGAUUACACUGACGUAUCAGAGCUGAGAAUCUCCAACAAUGUUUACAAAGCAGUAUAUGCUGUUGCUCAUUCUCUACAUGACCUGUUGGCAUGUACACCCCAUCAAGGCUGCACAAAUAGUCUGAAAACAGAACCAUGGCAGGUUCUUAAGGCUCUGAAAAAAGUCAAUUUCACUUUGGGAACUGGAGAGAAAGUCUCUUUUGAUAGUAAUGGAGACCCAAUAGCCAGAUAUGAGGUGGUGAACUGGCAGCUGGCUCCUGAUGGUGCAGUAGAGUUCAGAGCGGUUGGCUACUACGAUGCUUCUUUACCACCUGGUCAGCAGUUUGUGAUGAGCCCUGUUAGUAUGGUUUGGGCAGGUGGGCAGGAAGAGAAACCAAGGUCAGUGUGCAGUGAGAGCUGUCCCCCAGGCACUCGGAAGGCUGUGCAGAGAGGAAGGCCAGUCUGCUGCUAUGACUGUGUGCCCUGUGCUGAGGGAGAAAUUAGCAAUACGACAGAUUCUAAUGACUGCAGUCAAUGUCUGGACGAAUACUGGUCUAAUGCUAAAAGAGACCAAUGUGUUUUAAAGGCUGUCGAAUUUCUGUCCUUUCAAGAAAUUAUGGGAAUAGUGCUUGUAAUCUGUUCUAUUUUUGGAGUGUGUUUUACUGCAUUUGUGGCUGCGUUGUUCUUCAUAAAAAAGGACACUCCCAUUGUGAAAGCCAACAACUCAGAGCUGAGCUUCCUGCUGCUCUUUUCAUUGGAACUGUGUUUCCUUUGCUCUAUUACCUUCAUCGGCCGGCCCUCUGAGUGGUCUUGUAUGCUGCGCCACACUGCGUUUGGCAUCACUUUUGUCCUCUGCAUCUCUUGUGUUCUGGGGAAAACAAUAGUGGUGUUAAUGGCCUUCCAGGCUACUAUUCCAGGCAAUAAUGUCAUGAAGUGGUUUGGGCCUCCCCAGCAGAGACUGAGUGUGCUUGCUUUCACUCUCAUACAGGUCCUUAUUUGUGUGCUUUGGUUAACAAUAUCCCCUCCUUUCCCCAAUAAAAACAUGAAGUACUUCAAAGAAAAAAUUAUUCUAGAAUGUGAUGUAGGAUCAGCAGUUGGGUUCUGGGCUGUACUGGGUUAUAUUGGGCUCCUCUCUAUACUGUGUUUUGUUUUAGCUUUUCUGGCUCGCAAGCUGCCUGACAAUUUCAAUGAAGCCAAGUACAUCACAUUCAGCAUGCUCAUAUUCUGUGCAGUCUGGAUCACCUUUAUACCAGCUUAUGUCAGUUCACCUGGAAAGUUCACUGUAGCUGUAGAGAUCUUUGCAAUUUUAGCAUCUAGUUUUGGCUUGCUGUUCUGUAUCUUUCUUCCAAAAUGUUAUAUAAUAUUAUGCAGACCUGAGCAGAAUACGAGAAAACAUAUAAUGGGUAAAACAGACACGAAAUCUCAGUGA